CUCUAUGAUACCGUAUAGAAAUUGCUGAGGGAAAUAUGUCAACACGUGAAAUGACACGCUGUUGCUGUUCUGCGUAACUUCAAAAUUCGUAUUUUGCGAUAUUUAUCGUGUUAAAAUCAAAUGGCUUCUUCAAAUGUUCUCGAGAGACUAGAACUGCGUGCUGUUGAAGCGGAGAAAUUAAUUGAAUCGUUAAAACUGGAGGUUGCAGAUAUAAAGAAGUCAUCAUCAUCACUAGGCAGAGUUAAACUAGAAGUAGAAAAUGAACGUCUGAGGAAAGAAGUUGAAGAAUGGAAAGAUAAACUUAUCAAGUUGGAAGUAACUAAUGGCAAGCUACAGAUCCCGCUGCCAUCUCAAAAUGGGGUUUCGACAGCAGCUUGUGGUGAAAGACUUCCACAGCAAAAGGAACGGACUGGCAGCUCGGAAGUGAAAGUCAAGCCCCCAGUCGAGGACGCGCCGGUGGAAAGUAAACCCGAAGAUCGAAAGAAGAAGGAGAAGAAGCAGCAAGUCGGCGAUGAAAGUAAAAAGGGCAAAGCCACAAGCGAAGAGCCGCCUGUGGACGUGGGACGGUUGGAUUUGCGCGUGGGACGAAUAGUGGAGGCGAAGAGACACCCGGACGCAGAUUCGUUAUACCUGGAGCAAGUUGACGUUGGAGAAGAGAAGUGCCGCACCGUGGUCAGCGGUCUGGUGAAGCACGUGCCCUUGGAGGACAUGCAGGGUCGCAUGGCGGUUCUCCUGUGCAACCUGAAGCCGGCCAAGAUGCGGGGCGUCACGUCCGAGGCGAUGGUGAUGUGCGCCAGCUCCCCGGACAAGGUGGAGAUCCUGGCGCCCCCGGGGGGCAGCGUCCCGGGAGACCUCGUGCACGUGGAGGGCUACCCCCGAGCGCCCGACCUCGUCCUCAACCCCAAGAAGAAGGUGUUCGAGACGGUGGCCCCCGACCUGCUGACGGACGGGGCCGGAGUGGCCACGUACAAGGGCGUGCCUCUCGCUGUCCCAGGGAAGGGUGUGGUGUCGGCUCCCACGCUCGCGGGCGUCCAUAUCAAGUAGAGCUUUACUCGAGGGGGAUGGUUGGGAACCUAACAUUUCCUACGUCAAAACAAUAUUUUUAUUGUUUCGCUGAAAUAUAUGUUGCACUAAAUUUAACGGAAUGCCUGGAGUUAAGAGCGAUUGGUUGCGACAAAUAUUUUUUCCGUAUGAAGUCAUUGAGGUUCAGUAAUAACUCUCUUGCUUCAACACCCAUUUUGGAUUUUUGGUUCCUCGCUGAUUCCUGAUCUUCAUGAAUAAAUAUUUCGAAACUAAGACUAUGGAAGUAAACUUGUAUGCAUUACCCAGUUUUUCAAAGACAGAAAUUGAACUUUAAAUGAGUAACAAUAAUGCUAUUACAAGGAAAAAAUUUGAAUUGUAAAUAUUUGUCUGACUUUUUUUUUUAUAAAUAUUCAGAUGUAAUGUAAAAUAUUUACUGUGCAAAAAUUCAAAAUAGAAAGUUAUUACUAAUUACAUAGUAAUGCUUGUAUAGUGAAACCAUUGUGGGAUUUGCAACUAAAUUAAAAUAAUGUCAAAAUGCAGUAACCCAAUGUGGAUUGUUAUGUAGAAUGUUCACAUGCUGGAAAAUCAGGGCAGUUGGAAUUGGACAGGGAAAUUUAGAGUAUUGAAAUUUUAUUUUUAUUAUAUAUAUAUUUAUUUAUUUAUUUAUCAUUGAAAUUCAAACUACACUUUAAUACCUAUGAGGUAUCUUUCUGUAAGUGUAUCAAUAACCAAAAUGCCCGGUAAGGUAAAAUAUUACUGAUCUAAAAUUACUGUUCAGGCAAUAUAAUCACUUAACUGAAAAGAGUGCCAAAUUAAUUUAGUUGUAUGUACCGAAAUCUUCGAAUUAAGUACUACAAUAUUAAAAGGAAAAUAUUUCAAGAAAUAUAAUUAAAUGUUAAGCAAUAUACAACUAAUUAAUUAAUUGUAUUCAAAAUUAAUGGUUGAUACUUAAAUAAUACGAAAAUUAAAAAAAAAAUUUCCAAACAGUAAUUAGCCUCAGUAAACAAAUCUAUCUCAUUUAAAAUAGCACUAAGACUAAUUAAACAAAAUUUGUCAGGACUUCUGAGGGAAUAUACUAAGUUUAUCAGGAAUAGUUGUGCAAUAUACAAAGUUAAUCUAAGUUAAAUUUAAAUUAUGAAUUAUACAAACUUUAAUAGAAAUCAAUGAUAAUAUGAAGAAUUUUGGAUUCAACUAACCUAUUUUGCAAUAUUAAUCUAUUACUAACUAAACACACAUAUACCUGAAGCAGCAACGCAUCAUCACCAUACAUACAAUUGUAGAAAUAUCGAAUCAAUACCAAAAUCUUAAAAAUAUUAAUUUUUGUAGUCUUUUAUAGCAAUGAACAGAAGCUGAUGAACUUGAAUGUUGAUUCAGUCCUGUAGUAGUAUACGUUAAGAGUUAUUUUAAAAGCAGCGAAUCUUCAUCUAGCUAGUAAUCGUCUAUUAAUGUUUUUUUUUACAAGUGUCAAAUUCACAUUCUUCAAUAUUGCUCCGUAGAUAUCCCUUUAAAUUCGGUGUAGGACUUUAAUUAAUAAAUAUAUUAUCACAUUAAAAAUGACAGUUCUUUUCAGCCUUCUAAAUUAAGUAUUUGUUACAAAACUCAAUGUUCUUAAUAAUCACUUUCAUUUAUUUGUCCUUGCCCUUGUUUUUAAAAACUAACACAUUUGAUUACAAACAGGAUUUAGCCUAUAUAAAAAAAAUCAUACAAGUUUCCACAGAGAUUUUAUGCACAAGCAUAGAGAUAGAGUAAUGCUGUAAUUUAUAAUAAAAAGAUUAUAGCUGCUGUUAUCAAAAAAAUUACUUAUUAAAUUUUCUAUCGACAAAAUACAGUACAAUUUCAUUACAGUAUUUUCGUUAAAUUCUGGAAAAGUCAUACAAAUUUUCCAGUGAUUAUUAAUUUGAGGGGAAAAUGUCAUGCUCCAGUUUGCCCAGACUUUGAAAGCAUUCCUUUAGCUAUAAAAAGUUGUAAUAAUUUUCACUGUUGUUUUGUAAUUCUAGGCCAGAUUAUGGGGAUGGUGGAAGCAGAAUUUUCUUUAUUUCUCUAUGAAAAAUUUAAAAUAGGUAUUUUAAAAAAUAAGUCAGAGAAAAGAGGGGAAAUUUUAUUACAGAUUUGUGAGAAUAUCAUCGUUAAGCUGAACCUUAUAUGUAUCUGUAUUUAAAAAUGACUUCAAGUGUAAUAAUAUUGUCAACAGUCGCAGCCGAAAAAUUCUGUUUGUGUGUUCUCUGCGAAGACAUAUUUUCAGUGACAAACAAUUCCAAAUUGUUAUGAUCUUAAACUUUUGAAACUAGGAUAGCACCUUUCAGUUCCUAUCCACCCCUUCCCCUGUGAUGCUGGUAUGCAAUGAGGCAGAGGCCGAUUCAUCAUGCUUGGUUUGUGUUGUGCAAAAUACUCGGAUCCCCUACUCUACAGUGUGAUGUGCAGGGUAAACUGAAGGCUUGUUAUUUAUAUUUUUCACGUCCAAUUUUAAUACUGUUUACAAUUUACUAAAAGCAAAAGUGUAUUUUGUGCCUUUACCAUGCCUGUAUUAAGUAUGCAAAUAAAAAUACGAAAUUUUUCAAA